CACACACACACACACACACACACACACAGAGCAGGGAAUGUCCUUGGUCACCAGAGUUGUUCCCAAAGCCCAGGGAUUUGGAUCACUGAAUUCAGUGGUCCCAGCGCAGGAGCACUAGCUUGGUUUAGGUUACUUUAAAAUCCGUCCCUCUUCUUUCCAUCCACAUAUGCCAGAAAUCCCCUUCAUAUAAAUAUUGUAUUUAUAGGAACAACUUGACCUCUAACUUUUAUCUUGAAUCCAGAAAAAAAAAUGGAGCUACUUUUCUGCGAAUUGGGAGGCGCAGGAACGUUAGCCUCCCCCUUACCCAGCUCUGUUGCAAAGUCUGCUCCAAUUGUAGGCAGGUCUCAUUCUUUUGAACAGUUCUAGUAGAGUUAGUAUCUUACUGAUUUUUAAGAAGAAAGGUUUAAUAAUUUACUGCAAGUUAGUUCAUUUAAAUCCUCGACCAAAUCUCCCCAUAAGCAGUGUUAAUUGCAUUACAAUGUUAUGCAAGCGCUUCUCAUUUUUAUCAUAAUGAAAUCUGCUCUGGAGUGAAUGGAUUAAGCCCAAAUUCUCGCUUAUGGAAGGGUAUUUGGAGGUUUUAGUUGUGUUCCAUCUGACUUUUUUUUAGUGAACAUUUCAUUCCGUCUUAACAAAAAAUACAAAUUCUUCGUAAGGAGAGAAGUGCUUGUAAGCUAGACAUUGAUUUAGAAUAAUAAAGUUUACCAUUGAGGGGAGGUGUGAAAAGGGGUGUACAAGAUUUCCCUAGAAUGUGUAGUUGACAUUCCUUUACCCGAUUCGCACCUCCGUUUCUUUGCACGCAGGAAAACUUCUGAUUUCCCCCUCUUCGCUGGGCUCUGGGAUAAGAAAAAGGGAGAGAGCAUCUCUGGGUCAAAUCAGUUUGUUCGAUAUUUUUAGCUUUUUCGUAAGAGGGUGACAGAUUAUUCGUUUCCAAAUAUUUCUAACGAUUUUCUCCUCAAGUGUAAGAUAAUGGAGCAGAGAGUUUGUAGGAAUGGCCAAUAGAGGGGGAUGGGGAAGGCGUUUUUUGAUAAACGGUUUGUUGCUCACGCGAGGGUAAAAAUACUUCCGUUCACUCUCCAGGCCGAGAUUCCUUUCUUUUAUUUCUUCUUUCUUUUUUCCUUUCUUCCUUUUUAAUUUUUUUAAAAGAAAGUAUGAUUUGAACGAUUUUGUUUUGUAUCCCAUUAUUAAGUGCUUUUGCUGUGCACUUGCGUCCGCAUUUGAUUUUUGUUCAAAAGAAAGCAUUUCUCUCUCUGUAAGAUCUCCUUGUUUCACAAUAAACAGCACGAAGGGGUUCAGCCCUUUUUAGUCUAAAUAAAGUAAAAGUAUAUAUUUGAGGACCGCCCUUCCGGGUCCCAUUCUUAUUCCUGGGGUCCCUGGAUUUUAGUCUUUUUCAGUGGAUCCUCCUGUCGGAUUGCUAGAACCCUCUACUCUCUAUAAGCACACAUUUUCAACUAAGUGGGGGCGGCUGCAAGGCUCUCCUCUGCGCAGCCUUCCCAGCUUCUUCCCGUUUUGCUGCUCACCAUCCCUUUCUGUCCUGGCACCCGAAUGGGCCCCUUUUCCCUCUGAAGCAGCUCUGCCCUUGAACUUGUUUCAGUGGAGCCACAGCUAAGGCUGGAGACCCUGGCACAGCUUCUUACCAAAGCCCAGAUUUGUUGGUAUUAAUGCAUCUGACAUCAACUAUUCAGCCGGCCGCUAUGACCCAUCGGUGAAGCCCCCCUUUGAUAUAGGUUUUGAGGGGAUUGGGGAGGUGGUAGCGUUAGGUCUCUCUGCCAGUGCCAGAUACACCGUGGGCCAGGCUGUGGCUUACAUGACACCUGGUUCCUUUGCUGAGUACACAGUUGUGCCUGACAACCAUGCAACUCCGGUGCCCUCAGUGAAACCAGAGUAUCUUACCCUGCUGGUAAGUGGCACCACUGCAUACCUCAGCCUAAAAGAGCUUGGAGAACUGUCAGAAGGGAAGAAAGUUUUGGUGACAGCAGCAGCUGGGGGGACGGGCCAGUUUGCUGUGCAGCUCUCAAAGAAGGCAAAGUGCCAUGUGAUUGGAACCUGUUCUUCUGAUGAAAAGUCUGCUUUCCUAAAGUCUAUCGGAUGUGAUCGUCCCAUCAACUACAAAACUGAGCCUGUUGGAACCAUCCUGAAACACGAGUACCCGGAAGGUAUAGAUGUGGUCUAUGAAUCUGUUGGGGGAGCCAUGUUUGACUUGGCUGUAGAUGCCUUGGCUACCAAAGGGCGCUUGAUAGUAAUUGGGUUUAUCUCUGGCUACCAGAGUCCUACUGGCCUUUCGCCUGUGAAAGCAGGAACACUGCCAGUCAAAUUGCUGAAGAAAUCUGCCAGCAUCUGUGGCUUCCUCCUGAAUCACCAUCUCUCCAAGUAUCAGGCAGCCAUGGAGCACUUGCUCAAGCUGUGUGCCAGUGGGGACCUGGCCUGUGAAGUGGACCUUGGUGACCUGUCUCUAGAGGGCAGGUUUACUGGCCUGAACUCCAUAUUCCGGGCUGUCGAUUAUAUGUACAUGGGGAAAAACACUGGAAAAAUUGUAGUUGAAUUACCUCACUCUGUCAACAGUAAGCUGUAAAAACAGAACAAUGACAUAAAUCAAAGGAGAAAGAAAACGAGUACUUUAUGCCUCAGAAUUACUCAAAUCAAUUUAUUUUAGUUGGUAGUGGAUAUAAUAUUUUUUAAAGCAACAGUAAGGUGUUAAUGAAUGUAGAUCUCUCUCUCCCUCCUCCCCUGUUGGACAAAAAAAAAAGUGCCAAUAAAAGUUCCCUCCAUGGCUAAGAGGUAAAACAUUUACAUUCGAUUCUUUCGUCAUGGACGGUCUCAUUCCAGAUUUUAUUGUUCCAAGGAAGUAAAUUAAUUCCUGAUGCAGCGCCUGAUCAAAUCAGUAUGUCUUCAGCUUGAUGAGAUUUUAAAAUCAGUCUUGAAAACAGUUCAGAGCCUUCUUUGCUGUGGGAGACUUUGCGCUUGUGUUAAUAAGUAGUCUGCAAGUGAGAGGUAUAGUGAAAGACAGCCAUGUAUUUUCACUGUCCGUAUCCUCAGGACAUAGCCCCCUACCCUUUUUUCUAUAAAUCACUAAACUAUCUAAACAGACAUUUGGAGGAGAAGUCUCCUCAAAAUUUGAUUUGCUUGUGUUUAGAAAAUGAUUCAGCAAACACAGAUGGAUCUUAAAGAAGAGUCUAUUUGAUAGCUUUAUCCAGAAUCAUCCUGUUAAGAUGUAUGGAAUGGAAAAUUUCCCUGAUCUUUUAAGAAGCCAAUUAGUGUUGAAAAUUUACAUAGACAGGAAGUAGGUUUUGGAAAGGGAAACUACAGAGUUUAAAUUGAUUUUUAAUAUAUGCACAGAAAAGAAAAAAGUAUGUGCAACUUUCACAGUGAGCAUUUGCCUACACAACAUGGACCACAGAAGGGAACACACCCUGGAGGCACAGGUAAGGGGUUAAUAAUGCUACACUUCAUGUGCCUGAGGGAGCACGGGGACCUAAUUGAUCUAAAUAAUAAUGUAUUUGCUUCUGUUGGAAGCUUGUGGUCCAGGGAUAUGGGUUUGUGCUCUGUUCAUGGAAACAGAAUAGCAGUCAGUGAUCCCGUAUUUCCGUUGCACUUCUCCAGUGUUCUGGUGGAAUGAGAUGCUCUUUGUCACCAUUGCCUAGUGUCUCACACACACACACACACACACACACACAUAUGAAAAGUAGCUUUCUCUUCUGAAUCAUCCCACAGCUGGUCCACUAGCUUCUUAACCUUCAGUGCCACAAAGGUUGUCACCACUUUCAUCCUUAAGUCAAAAUCCCACAGUGCCUUCUAAUUGAAGGUGGAGCCCACCAGAUUAUUUUGCAGAAUGUUGAGUUUUGAGCAUCAGACAUGCUCAAAAGAGGAGUGUGAUUAAAGAGGAAUGUAAUUAAAGAUGCUCCAGGAAACUUGGGGACCAGAUUUAAUUCUUUUCUUGCAUCCGAGGAGCAAGGAAAUCCUACUGCUGAACAGCACUUAGUAUCUAUUUUACAAGAUUUACUCAUUUUCAGGUGCCUAAUGUAGCUGCUAGCAUGCAUGCACAACAAUACAAUUUAUAUGGUAAAUGGAACCAAAUAAUGGCUUCACUGAAUGUUAUGGCUGCACUGAAGGGAAAUGUCACGGUAAAUAGCUGCCAAAUUAUGGAUCAUGCCGAAGUGUCACAACUGCACUAAAGACAAAUAGCACUAGAGGCUAUUGCCACUGUGACGCUUUUGAGUUAUGAAGAAGGGUAGCAGCCUGAUUCGAGGCUCUUUGUGUCCUCAUCCUUGCAAAGGGCUAGUAGUGCAGGGGACAAGAAAGGCUAGUCCAAUGUGGUGCUUAGUUAUUAAUCUGUCCCUUUCAGACCUAACAGCUGUAGCAAAACAGAAAGAGACUUUGCUUCCUUGCUCUUUGAUACACAAACAAAGCGGGGGUGGGGGGGACAGGUUUUAUGAAUGUAACCGUGCUCAGAAAAUGACUGGUAAUGGAAAAAUGUUGUUAUAAAAUAAUCUAAUCAAAGGAUAUUAUUAAAUUUAACAUAGUAUAUGUCUGAAAGGCUUAGUUGCUUCUUAUGCAGAUGGAUGUGUGAAAUCUAAGCAAUAAUGCACUUUCCCUCUCGGUAAAGACUUGAGGACUGAGGACAUUACCAACUAAAUUGCUUCUUCUAAACUGAAGUGAGUCCCGGAUUCUUUCAUUUUAAUGGGAGGGUAAUAAAGAUGAAAGACCAACAUUUUAUCUGAUGGAUCCCUUAAGCUACGGAGUAGAAAUUUAUUAUGUUUUGAGGGGAUAUACUAAAUUCAGCUAUGCAAAAAUAAAAUCCAAACACCCAGGUUUAAAAUAAAACAUAAUCGGAAAACCUCAUGUUCUCUCUGUCCCCACACUGAGAAACUACAGUGCAUGCUGUUUUCAUUUAUUCUUAGAAAACAAGCAUGAAAGAUUUCGGUUAUUCAGAUAAUGCCAAAAAUAUGUUUAAACGUUUUUUUAUUCUUUUGAAAAAUGAUUUGUAAAUUGAAGGUCAUAGUUCAGCAUCAGUUUCAUCCUCUGGGAUUAUUGUUCAAGACUGGCCUCUAAUGGGAGGUGAAAUGGUGCGAGGGUUUCUAUACCUUUCUUCUCAGCUGUACUACAUAUCACAAAAAGUACAUCCAUAAUUCAGGGCUGUUGUCAGUCUUUGUUUUAGAGAAGGGGCCCGGGUAGAAGAAUCACAGUGGGUAAAUUAUUCCUCAGUUUUCAGUGUGGACUUCUCUGCAUGUUGGGUUUAAGGUCACUGGCCAGGCAGGAAGGAAAGAGCUUGGCUCUUAAAAUACAGCAUCCCAAGAAUUAGGUACCAUUUGGUCAUGUCUUCUAAAAAGCCAAAUGCUAUUUUUUCAAAUCUGUUUUGCAUGCAGAAAAGACCAACAGUAUCUUUUCAGGUCCCUUUGACAAUGAUAACUACUGCUGACUGAUUUCAGCACUAAAAAAAAUCAAGGAUUAGUUUGCAAAGAAAUGACAAAGUUUACACAGUAUGUUCUGUAAAUUGUUAUUGUAUGAUUCCAUCUGAAUGAAGUUUCUCAGGAGUGGAAUAAAUGGUCAUUAGUAUUAUGUUCCGUAUUUGUCCAAUGAACGUGCAGUGACAAGUAGCUGCUGCUGAUUAAAAUGAAAAUCCUGCAUUACGUACUUGAGGAACAUUGCAGCUAAUGAGGAUGUAAUGUCCUCGGUACAGCACAGACCUUCUUUUUGUGUUUCUCACCACAAGAUGCUGGAAACUUGACAGAUGAUAUCAUUCAAGACACAUGCCUGCCUUAGGGACCUGAUUUUUGGCGUCCUGCUUCUGGCUUUUGUUUGGGUAACAUUUAUAAUGGCCACCCGACUUGUACCUGUAAUGUUUUAACCCAUCCUGGAGCAUGAAUUUACCACAGUCAUGGUAGCCUUUAAAAUGAGACAGUGCUAAGCACCAAAAUAUUUUUCUUGAUUACUUUACCACAUGUCCAUGUAGGAUAAAUACCAUAUUGUAGAUUAUAUAAAAUUAGAUGAGCAAUGUGUAGCUUUCAGAUAAAUAUAAUAAAAAACCAACAGUUAUCAACAUUGGAUGAUAAUUUCCUGAGGUUUGCAAAUUUUAUGAAUGUAAUUCAGGUACAGAAUUGCCUGAUUUGGUGAAUUCAUGAUUUAUUUAUACUUUCCACUUACUUACAUAUUUUGUGAUUUAUAAAAUUUAGAGAAAAAUUAAGCUUUA